AUGGAGAGGGAAAUUGUGCAGCUGCUCAAGAAGUUAUGGAGAUACAAGUAUUACAUUCUGCCAGUCUUGUGUUUGACUAUCAUAUUCUACUCUUACAUCUACAUGGUGAAAUUGAGGUCAGACUACAUUCAAACUGAGCAGGAAUCUCCAGAAGCCCUGAUUCCAUUUAAGCUUUUGCCAGAUGAAAAAUACAAGUCCAUGUUCAAAUUUGAUGGAAUUUGGCUAGGACCAAAGAAUCACUGUGAGUGUUCCAGAACCAGCAAGAUGUCAGUCUAUCAAAUGGAAGACUAUAUUGAUAAGGAUAAUCUGGCAUCCGUCAAAGAAAGACGUGAGAAGGAAUACCAAGAUUAUCAGAGAAGGUAUCCCCAUGAGAGAAAAGAUGUCAUCAUUGCUCAGCCAAACUCUCCUUUAAGCUACCCUAUUCAAGGAGCCGAGGUGAUGCCCUUGCACACCAUUGUAAUUCCAGGGCUCGGUUUCCAUGGAGGAAGUACAGAAAAUCAACAGGUGAUUCUACGUAUUUCAUUUGGUGCUCUGAACACCCUUGCUGAUGUUUCCGAGGAUGUCGUGCGUGGGCGAGGGGAGAAAGAGCUGAUCAUCUCCACUUCCCAUGUGAAGCUACUAAAUCACAUCUUGAAUCAUGUCACUUACACGAGUACAAAGUACUUGCUCGAUGUAGUGGACAUGGUGAGUUUUUCAAUAGGAAACCAUCAGGUUAGGUUUCCUGUGACCAUCCGACAGCCAGGCCUUCCUAAGAUGUUUGAUCCAGGACCAGAUAACAACAUCAAUAAAAUGGUGACCAUCACGGUAAAGACGUUCUUGCGCUACCACAAGUUGCGGGUCCUUAUCAAGAGCAUCAGACAAUAUUAUCCAAAUAUAACAAUAAUUGUGGCGGAUGACAGCAAACAUCCAGAGAAGAUUGAAGAGGCUAAUGUUGAACACUUCAUUAUGCCCUUCGGAAAGGGCUGGUUUGCAGGGAGAAACCUUGCCAUCUCUCAAGUCACAACCAAAUACUACCUCUGGUUGGAUGAUGAUUUCCAGUUCACUGAAAAAACCAAGAUUGAGAAGCUGGUGGAUGUGUUGGAGAACACCAAUUUGGAUGUGGUUGGGGGCAGUGUGGCUGGAAAUGACUACAAGUUUAGGAUCACCUAUGAGGAAGGAGAGGACGGCAGCUGUCUACACCUGAGAUAUGGCUCCUACCACCGCUUGGAAGGCUUUCCCAACUGCGUGGUCGCCAGUGGUGUGGUCAACUUCUUCCUCGCUCGAACUGAGGAGACCAGGCGUGUUGGAUUUGAUCCAAAGCUGCUGAGGGUGGCUCACUCAGAAUAUUUUAUGGAUGGAUUGGGGAGUUUACGAGUUGGCUCCUGCAACCACGUGGUCUGUGGUCACCAGCCACGCAAUUCUGCAAGCGGCACAGUGGAGAAGGCUUUUGAGAAGAUGUACAGUAAAUUCCGGACCAAUACGCAGGAAGAGAUCCAGUUUAAAAUUGCUUUACAUUACUUUAAGAACAGGAUGAAAUGCUACACAAAAGUAUAA